AUGAAUUACUGGCCAGCAGAGACAACUAACCUUGGUGAAUGCCAUUUGCCUCUAUUUAAUCUGAUUCGGAGUCAAUUAAACAUUUGGCGCCAACAAACGCAAGCAUCUGAUCUACUACUGACACCUGAGGGCAAACACUCGUCAAAAGGGGUGGCCGUUACCGGUCAGCACAAUAUCUAUGGAGGAAUGGGUUUAGUAUCAAUGGCCGGACACAUGGAUUAUGAUAAAACGGUCACCGCUUGGUAUGCGCAACACUUUUGGGAACAUUACGCGUUCGGAUUGAAUGCAACAUUUCUAAGGGAAGUGGCCUAUCCUUACCUCAAAGAAGUGGUUGAGUUCUGGGACGAACACCUUAAGACUGUGACGAACGGCACUAAACAACAGUUGGGAAAACUGGUUGUCCCUCACGGGUGGUCACCAGAACACGGACCCGUUGAGGACGGCUGUAGUUAUAAUCAAGAGAUCGUUUGGGAUUUGUACACAAAUUACGUGAAAGCGGCGGAUGUGUUGGGAGUCGACAAAGAGUUCAGGGAUCGCAUGGCGGGUGAGAGGGAUAGGCUUUUAUGGCCAGGGAUUGGAUCGUUCGGACAAUUGAUGGAAUGGAUGGAAGAACAACCCGGAGAAAAGACCGAUCAUCACAGACAUACUUCCCAUUUGUUUGGCGUAUUCCCUGGACACCAAUUUAAUUAUGAGACAACGCCUACUUUGGCCAACGCGUCCCUGGUAUCGCUUAACACCAGAGGUAUAGACCCUAAGAGUGAUGUGAAGGAAUGGUCGUUCGCGUGGCGGACAGCCAUAUACGCCCGGCUCAGGGAUGCCGAGAACGCCCACCACUUGCUCCGCGAGCUGUUGUCCGCACGUAAUACCUGUCCCAAUAUGUUUGGAUUACACCCUCCGAUGCAAAUCGAUGGCAACUUCGGUAUAACCGCAGCCGUCGCCGAAAUGCUGGUCCAGAGUCACGCAGAAGUCAUAGAACUGUUGCCGGCUCUGCCCCGGGAGUGGACGGCCGGACACGCGAAGGGUCUGCGAUCGAGAGGGGGUCACCAGUUGGACAUCUAUUGGGCAAAUCAUACGCUGAAUAAUGUUUGGAUUGCGAGUGGGGUCGUCGCCGAUGUUAAACUCAAAAUUGGAAAUACUGUCAAAACAAUUAAAGUGGUUCCGUGUAAUCCGAUUCACCUGGAUCACAAUUUGAAUCCAAUUCCUUAG